AGAGUGACGUCACCCGUGCACACCGGCGCGCGAGCACAGGCUUGUCAUCCACACAUCCUGACCCUGCAGCGGCUCCGUCCGGCUUCUCCUGCCCCGGGAAGAGAGACCGAGGAAGUUGGACCGCUGCUACAAAUCCACAUCCGUAUGAGGGACCUAAAACUCACCACUGUCGCCCUCAACGUAAAUUUGAGCGUCUGAAGGUUACGAGUCUUGUGUCAUUGUGCUGACUAAAGGUAAGCCAUGGACGAUGGUAAGCCAGUGUGGGCGCCUCACCCCACCAACGGGUUCCAGCUGGGCAUGAUCGUUGACAUAGGAGCCGACGCGCUCACCAUAGAACCGCUGAACCAGAAGGGCAAGACCUUUCUUGCUCCAAUGAGCCAAGUCUUUCCAGCAGAGGAUGAUGUCAACAAACAUGUCGAUGACAACUGUUCCCUUAUGUACUUGAAUGAAGCUACUCUUCUCAACAAUGUCAGAGUGCGGUACAGCAAAGACCACAUCUAUACUUAUGUGGCCAAUAUCUUGAUUGCUGUGAAUCCUUACUAUGAUAUCCCCAAUCUGUAUGGCCCUGAUGCCAUCAAGGCAUACAGGGGGAGAUCGCUGGGAACUCUUCCACCUCACGUCUAUGCUAUAGCCGACAAAGCCUACAGGGACAUGAAGGUUCUCAAGAUGAGUCAGUCCAUCAUAGUUUCUGGGGAAUCUGGUGCUGGAAAGACUGAAAACACAAAGUUUGUUCUCAGAUAUCUCACCACAACAUAUGGAAGCGGUCAAGAUAUUGAUGAGAGAAUUGUAGAAGCUAAUCCCCUUCUCGAGGCCUUUGGAAAUGCAAAGACAGUGCGCAAUAAUAACAGCAGUCGCUUUGGGAAGUUUGUGGAAAUCCACUUCAAUGAGAAGAAUGCAGUUGUGGGUGGAUUCGUCUCCCAUUAUUUACUGGAGAAGUCCAGAAUAUGCAUGCAAAGUAACGACGAGAGGAACUACCACAUCUUCUACAGGCUGUGCGCCGGAGCAUCCGAGGACUUAAAGAAGAAACUGCACCUGGACUCUCCGGACAACUUCAGGUACCUGAACCGAGGAUGCACCAGAUUCUUUGCCAGUAAGGACUCUGAUAAGCAAAUCAUGCAGAACCGCAAGAGUCCUGAGCAUCUGAAAGCCGGUGCUCUGAAGGACCCUCUUCUUGAUGACCAGGGCGACUUUAACAGGAUGUGCGUGGCCAUGAAAAAGAUUGGUCUGGAUGACAAUGAGAAGUUGGACCUGUUCAGGGUGGUUGCUGGCGUUCUUCAUCUGGGCAACAUUGACUUUGAAGAGACAGGGAGUUCCUCAGGUGGUUGUGUCCUGAAGAAUCAGUCAGGCCAGACACUGAAGUUCUGUGCUGAUCUGCUGGGUCUGGACCAGGAUGAUUUGCGUGUCAGCCUCACAACCAGGGUCAUGCUCACUACAGCAGGGGGCGCCAAAGGAACAGUUAUCAAGGUGCCUCUAAAGGUGGAACAGGCAAACAAUGCCCGCGACGCCCUGGCCAAAGCAGUGUACAGCCGCCUGUUUGACCAUGUGGUCAAGCGAGUAAACCAGUGUUUCCCCUUCGAAAAUUCCUCCAACUUCAUUGGGGUGUUGGACAUCGCUGGGUUUGAGUAUUUCGAGCAUAACAGCUUUGAGCAGUUCUGUAUCAACUACUGCAAUGAGAAACUGCAGCAGUUCUUCAACGAGCGUAUUCUGAAAGAGGAGCAAGAGCUGUAUCAAAAGGAAGGGCUGGGAGUGAAUGAGGUGCAUUAUGUUGACAACCAGGACUGCAUAGAUCUAGUGGAAGCAAAGCUGGUGGGAAUCCUGGACAUUCUGGAUGAAGAGAACCGUCUUCCUCAGCCCAGCGACCAGCACUUUGCACUGGCUGUUCACAGCAAGCAUAAAGACCACUUCAGACUGACGGUUCCCAGGAAGUCAAAGCUGGCUGUUCACAGGAAUCUUCGGGAUGAUGAGGGCUUUAUCAUCAGGCACUUUGCUGGAGCAGUCUGCUAUGAAACGACUCGGUUUGUGGAGAAGAAUAAUGAUGCCCUCCACAUGUCUUUGGAGAGCUUAGUGUGUGAAUCGAAAGACAAAUUUGUUCGAGAGCUGUUUGAGAACUCCAACACCGCCAAGGACUCCAAACAGAAAGCUGGAAAACUCGGCUUCAUCAGCGUUGGCAACAAGUUCAAGACCCAGCUGAACCUGCUGCUGGAAAAGCUUCGCAGUACUGGCUCAAGUUUCAUCCGUUGUGUAAAACCCAACCUGAAGAUGGUCAGCCACCAGUUUGAAGGAGCUCUGAUUCUCUCACAGCUGCAGUGCUCAGGUAUGGUGUCGGUGCUGGACCUGAUGCAGGGGGGCUUCCCCUCUAGAGCCCCCUUCCAUGAGCUCUACAACAUGUAUAAACAGUAUAUGCCUGACAAGCUUACACGCCUGAAUCCACGACUCUUCUGCAAGGCUUUGUUCAAAGCUCUGGGACUAAAUGACAAUGACUUCAAGUUUGGAUUGACCAGAGUGUUCUUCCGCCCUGGAAAGUUUGCUGAGUUUGACCAGAUCAUGAAGUCCGAUCCAGACCAUCUGGCAGAGCUGCUGAAGAAAGUCAACACCUGGUUGGUGUGCAGCCGCUGGAAGAAGGUCCAGUGGUGCAGCCUGUCUGUCAUCAAACUUCGGAACAAGAUGAGGUACAGAGCCUUGGCCUGCAUUAAGAUUCAGAAGACUGUCCGCAUGUGGUUGUGUAAGAGGAAGCAUAAGCCACGCAUUGAUGGUAUAGUGAAGGUCCGAAACCUGAAGAAACACAUGGAGCGGUUCAACGAGGUGGUGAACGGGCUGAAGGAGGGCAAGCAGGAGAUGGCCAAGCAGGUUCAGGAGCUGGCGGCCUCCAUCGACGCUCUGUUAGCAAAGAUAAAGGCCACAGUGAUGAUGACUUGGAAAGAGAUUGACACAGAGUACCGGGGGCUGGUGAAACGCUCAGAGCAGCUGCUUUCCUCAAUGCAAAAGAAGAAACAGGAGGAGGAAGAGAGUGAGAGGCUGAAAAAAAUCAAGGAGGAGAUGGAAAAAGAGAGGAAGAGCAGGGAGAAGGAGGAGCAGCGACGCAAACAGGAGGAAGAGGACAGAAGACUGAAAGCAGAGAUGGAGCUGAAGAGGAAGCAGCAAGAGGAAGAUAGAAAAAAGAGGGAGGAGGAAGAGAAAGCAAUUCAGGCCGAGUUGGAGAUUCAGCUGGCUCUGGAGCGGGAGGAGCAGGUCCAGCGCACCACCGUGCUCGAGCAGGAGAGAAGAGACAGGGAGUUGGCCAUGAGAAUCGCUCAGAGUGAGGCCGAGCUCAUCACUGAGGAGGGGCAGAUGGACGCAAGCCUGCGCAGUGAUGAGUCUUUUUCAGAUCUUCCUAUCUCUUCAUCCUCAGCCCGAGCCAUGGGUCCUCAGGUGCAGGCAACCAAAGCUGCUGCUGGUGUGAAAAAGUAUGACCUCAGCAAGUGGAAGUAUGCUGAGCUGCGAGAUGUCAUCAACACUUCCUGCGACAUUGAGCUGCUAGCAGCCUGCAGAGAGGAGUUCCAUCGUCGUCUGAAGGUCUAUCACGCGUGGAAGUCCAAGAACAAGAAAAGGAAUGAUGAUGGAAGUAAUCAGAGGGCUCCUAAAUCUGUCACAGAUUAUGCUGAACAGAACCCAGCUCCUCCAAUGAUGGCCCAGCAUCAGGAAGUGGUCAUGAACCGCCAGCAGCGAUAUUUCCGUAUUCCCUUCAUCAGGCCUGCCGACCAGUACAAAGAUCCCCAGAAUAAAAAGAAAGGCUGGUGGUACGCCCACUUCGAUGGGCCCUGGAUAGCCAGACAGAUGGAGCUUCACCCUGACAAGCGACCUAUUGUGCUGGUUGCAGGGAAAGACGACAUGGAGAUGUGUGAGCUGAGUCUGGAGGAGACGGGUCUGACCAGGAAGAGGGGUGCGGAGAUCCUGCCCAGGCAGUUUGAAGAAAUCUGGGAACGCUGCGACGGAAUUCAGUACCUCAAGAAAGCCAUUGAGAACAAGCAGGCCCGCCCCACACAUGCCACUGCCAUGCUUCAGAGUCUCCUCAAGUGAAACCAGAGCAGAGAGUUUGGCCCUGAAACACGACACUGACACACACGGACUCGCGGGGCAGCACAGUGGACCUGUGGUUUGUGGAGUGAGAAGGAGGAUCCACAGUUUGACACUCACACUGUUUCAUUCACUGAAUAGUCUCCUUUUUACAUUUUCACUUUUUAUAUCUUUAUUUUGCUGUGUAACACCUUGUUGGUGUAACAUUAGUGUUUAGUCUUCUCGAAUGCUUGAAUGAAAAACCCAUCCGUGAGCCUUAAGCUGAAACAUCACUGCACUACACCAAGAAAGUCUUAAUAGGUGCACAUCCUCCUUAGCUAUAAACCCGAAACCUUAACGGUCUGCAAUAGAGACAAUAAACUAGAGUGUAGAAAUGUUUUAAAUAGUGUGUGACAAUCUUGUCGUUGAAGUCAUAUGUUGUGGUCUUCUGGAUAUUAAGACUGUAAUCACUAUUCAGCAAUCCGCACCUGAUUUGAAUGAAGAAUUUUUCAUAUAAAUGUAGCUUAAAAGGGACUAUAACAAAAAGUUUUUUUCUGAAGUACUGAAAGAUGAUUAUAAUCAUCAAUAAAAUGUAUUUUAAAUAUAAUAAUAUUAUAUUUAUAAUCUAUAUCUAUAUAAUUUUAUUAGAGUUAUACUUCAUUUAAAUAAAUUCUAAAAUAAAGGUUCCCCAAUGAUUUCAGGCAAAAUUUAAAUUUUUCAUACUGGUUUUAUUAAGACUUUAGAAGCUUCAUCUUCUUAUCCACCCAUUAUUUUCUUGCUGCAUAUAUACAUGAUGUUGAAAUCCUUUAAAAGAGAAAGUUUUUUGUAUUGUUCAUUUGUUAUGCAAGAAGGAAAUGUAGAAGUUUUCAUGUUUGCAGUUUUGUGGGUUUGGGUUUGUUUUUCAGACAUUAAUGUAAUUUUUGUGUGUGUGUGUUGUGUGUCUUCUGUAAUAUUUUAUUAAGCUGUUUACUUGACUCCUCUGCUGGCAAAAUCAGGAACAUUUGAGUCAUCUCAUUUGACAGUCAUGCAAUAAUUUAAGAAUUUAAUUUAGGAUUAAACUAAAUUAAAUUCUGCUGACUUCUUUUUGAAUCUGGUUGUAUGUUGGUCUUUGCACUGGGAUACUGCAGAAAAUAAACAUGCACCCCCA